AUGAUUAUAGUAUUUGUCAUUUUUGGGUUUGCAAGCCGAAAGCAGUGCAAUGAAGCUCUUGUGAACAGCGAGCCAGGAACUUGCCUUAUUCGAUUUUCAGAGAGCUGUGUUGAAGGCAACCACGAGAAUUCCAAAGGCCGAAUAGGUGUUGUGCUGAAGACUGCUGAAGGAGUCCACUUUGCACCUCCCAUAACUGCUGAAAAGGUUCAGAAACAUGGGCUGUCAAUGAUGAUCCGAAACACAAAGGUAAAUGAAAGAAUACCUGAGGUGCUUCUUCCAACCAUGUGUACCAUUGACGACCUGAAGAAAUAUGAUCCUCCUCAAGAAAAUGAAGAAAAACCUGCUAAGAACUGUCGUUACUUGGAUUUUAAAGAAGAGGUUGUGGUUAUUGCCACAACAAAGAAGCCUGGAGAAAAGGCUGUUUCAAGUGCUCAGCACACUCGGACGCCAGAUAACACCUUAGACUCCACUUGCAGUGAUGUCAGCAGAAUAACCCGGAGAGCUAAGCGCCCCACAGACUGUGAGAUUGCCAGGGGAGGCAAACAGAAGUGUAACCCACCAGAAAGUCUAGAGUCCUCAACAUCGUCUGGGGUUUCACAACCUAUUUCCUUUCCUUCUAGUUCUGCCUCUCAGUUUUGCAUCCCAGGGGUUAAUCAAAGUAUGCCAAGGCCACAUAUUGAACCAACAAAUCAAUUUUCAUUCCCCGUCAUCCCAGCCACCAUGGAGAAUGGAAGCUUUACUCCACAGUUACUGAUGGCCCAAAAUAAUGAAGAGGCGAUGUAUGCAAGAGAUGAACAGAUAAUGGGUAAUGAGGACAUGGAUAAUAUUUUGACAUCUGAUCUCAUUUCAAAUUUGUUUGAAAUAACCCUCGCUGACACUGCUCUUGCUGGUGUUCAGAGUACGGCAUAACAGUAUCUUUCCAAAGAAAAAAAAAUCCUGCCUGAUUUCUUGUUUAAAUUUAUGCUCUCUUACUUUACAGAUUUAGAUGUGUCCAUUGUAAAUAAGAAUUUAGACAAUGAAAAGAAGUGGGUAAAUGAGAAUAUCGCACAUUCUUUUAUUGAUAGCAGAUAGCUGAGGUAUUGAUAGAAGUGUACAGUUCUGCAAAGUAUUGCAGAAAUGGAGUUUCAAUUGUUGGCAUUUGUUGGUGGUAUGUAUACCUUUACAAGUAUAUGUGUAAGUAGAAAAUAAAAGAACAUGUUGAAAAUAUUUAGUUUUGAAUGAGCUAGAUAUCAUUUAUUUGUGUUUCUAUGGCUUGACAUCUUUUGACCUGCUAUAACUUUUACCAAGCUUAAUUGUUCUAGCUGUUGGAUACGAGACAAUACUUUGUCAGACAUCUUAAACUCAUUAAAUUAUAUAUCUAUAUACAAUGGUAUCUUUACACUCAACCACAAUUCCUUCAGAAGAACUACUCAAUUUGAGUGCUAAACAUUUUUUCCCCUCAUAAAAAAAACAUAAAUGUGUUCAAUUGAGGUUUCUGGCACCCACCAAAAGCUAACUACACUUGUAUUAUUUGUAGUAUGUUUGAGUACUGCUUAUGUGAAAAAAGACUUAUUUCAAAUAUGUUUCAUUGACAGAUACAUAAUCACUACUUCUACGAAACUAAAAAUUGGACUUUAUCGAGUAGAUCUGAGGAGGAUUAUAUUAAUCCUGAGCCUAUUUCAAGGAGGGGAGGUAAAAGCUAAAAUUUCACCACCAAAAAAAAACCACCCAAGAGAUGUACAGUAAUUUUGCUUGUCAUCUCCCAUUCUUCAGUGUUUUGUUUGUCACCUGAUCCGCACUGAAAAAUUAUUUUUGCAAGAUAUAUCUAUAUAAUCAAGUCUUUAAAAGAAGAUAGAAGAAAUCAAUGUUUACUCCCUUACUGAAAUUGUUUAUUUUAAUCGGUCUGUUUUUGUUUUCUUUAGCAAGAUAACUCCUGCGCUACGGAGACCUUCACUAAUGUAACUGGUAGUUUGACUUUGACAUUGUUUCGGUUGUUUUGGGCCCUCGUUUAUUUUGCCUUUACCUGUCAUCAGUUUUAGGCCUUGCAUUGUCGCAAUAAACUUUAUGCAGCCCUU